UAGUCAAGUAAAAAGCGUCUCGGUGCGCGCUCACGUUUCAGUGCAAACUCGCGUGUCUGUGUGCGUGGGAAGGAUGCGUCAGAGAGCUUCAGUACGAAGUCGCGGCUCAUCCUCAACGGCGGGCAGUGAUCCACGUGAAAAGAUCAAGGAUUGCUGCCGGAAGUUUGUGGCGUUUAUGUGUACACAAGUGGGUGUGGGGGCACUCAUUGUUGGCUAUGCUCUCGUGGGUGCGGCUGCUUUUAUGUCCAUUGAGACGCAGGAGGCAAAUCCGCAGCUGGAACAGGCAAUGGGUCUGCGGAGGAAUUGCGCACUGGAUCUCUGGGCAAUUGUGGAGGAGCACAAUUUAUUUAAUAAUUCCGUGUGGAAGCACGAGACGGAUGAUGUGCUGAUGCGCUUUCAGACGGACUUUGCGGCUCUCGUGAAGAAGGGCUACGACGGGAGGACGCCUGAUGAGAAGUGGACCUUCCCGGCGGCUCUAAUGUUCUGCCUGUCGGUCUUUACGAUGAUUGGUUAUGGGAAUAUGGUGCCAAGGACACAGUGGGGCAAGGGGACGACGGUGAUUUAUGCCACCUUUGGGAUUCCGCUGUAUAUUUUGUACUUCCUGAGUAUGGGCAAGGUGCUGGCACAGUGCUUCAAGUGGCUCUAUCGUUGGUUCCACGAAUGCAGCCACGAGGGUGGAUCGGAUGUGGUUACCAUUGACCCAGAGUCUGGACUACCGAAGAAGGUCAUUGUGCCCUCAACGGCGUGCCUGUGGGUGAUCAUUGCGUACGUGGUGACGGGAACGGUGAUGUUUGCCGAAUGGGAGGGAUGGAAUUACCUCGAUUCCGCGUACUUUUGCGUAACGAGCUUGUGCAAGAUUGGCAUUGGGGACUUUGUUCCGGGAGCCAAUAUCCUCGAUUCCCAGAGUGGGAAACAAACCAAACUUGCCAUCAAUUUUGUCUACAUGCUCUUCGGCAUGGGACUCGUGGCCAUGGCGUACAAUCUCAUGCGCGAGGAGGUGCGUGUGAAGAUGAAGGAAAUGAAGGAGGAUCUCCGACUCUGCAUGGAGGAUCUUCGGUUGAGAUUUGCAAAAUGCUGCGGUGGUGGUGAUGGUGAUAGAGAUUCAGAUGAUAUUUAUUUUGGUUAAAAGUGCGCCCUCGAAAGCAAUUCGCGCGGGAGAUAGCACGAGAAUUCCAUUAGUUUUUUAUAUUAUAUUUAUUUUAAUUUGUGAAAAUUGACGGGGUGGCGGUGAAUGUGUGAAGAGUGAGAGUUUUUUUUAUGGGAAAGGAGAGAAAAGUAAAGGAGAGACGCUAAGUGGGUCAGAAAUUUGUGACUUUGCUGGCAGAAUGAUGGGGAAGGCAUCGCCAGGAAAAUAUUCACCAGGCAGCUAUUUUUAGCAUGGAAAUUUCAUGGACUCUCGCGCAAUAUUCACGCUCUAGGUAGAGUUGGACGACGGGAGAGGAAAGGGGAGAACCGACGAAGGAAUUUACUUGGGGCGUCGCAUCGGAAACGACGGAGAAUGCUGGGGAAUAACCCAGCAAGAUGCACCGGUGGCGGUGGACCAAUUCGCCUUACGGGCGUCAGUGGUUUCGAGGGGCGCGUAAAUGAUGUUAUCUACUGCCCACCACUUCAGAAGCAUUCUGAGGCGGAUGGAGAGGAGCCAGAAAAUACGGCAGUUGUCUAUUUUGGCGGAGACAUUCAGGAUUUCCCUGAAAAUAUGCAAGUCCAUCGGGACAGUAAGGCCUACAUUAAGUAUAAUUUGGAGAAUACAGCACUAAUGCUGCGGAAUAAUUUCCCAAAGUCCCACAUUGUGAUAAUAAAGGCCGUCAGAGUAAGUGUUCCCUAUUUCAUCUUCCUUCCUAGAAUGGAAUUCAAAACAUUCAGCUGCUAUGAUAACUUUGUAAGGGGCUGCAAUGCCGGCAUUCCCGAUCAUACACCCAUGAAUCAUGCGUUGCAGCAUCUUGAAAAACUCCUCCAGAAUAUCCCUGUGAGGAUUCGUUCAAUCCCGGAAAGUGAGCUCAUCAGCCAAAUUACAGCUUCGGCAAAUUCCGCAGCAGCAGCAUCAACGGCGACAACGUCAACGGUAACAUCGAAUUCCGCGGGGCAGGAUACAGGGCAGGAUAUGGAUAUUGAUAUACUACAGGUGCAGGAUACGGUGAAUGUGGAAUCAGAUAGUGGAAUUGGUGGUUUCUCCUGUAAGGACAAUGCAUGCAAUUCAAUUCCAAGACUACCGACGGAUUUAUCUCUCGAUUUACUUCAAGCCGCUGAGGAGUCCGUGGGCUCAGCGAGUGUUCCUAAUGCCAGCGAUUUACUUUGGUGGCGUGACAGCUUAAACUUGGAUAAGGCACAACUCACCCUGAUUGCUUUUAGCAAGGGUAGUGUGGUACUCAAUCAGUUCAUCUAUGAGUUCCACUACCUCAAGACACUCACGCCCGAUGAUAGUAGCAUGAUGAGGCUGGUGUCGCGCAUACGUGACAUGUACUGGCUCGAUGGGGGUCACAGUGCACCCAAGAAUACGUGGAUCACAUCACGGAGCUUACUGGAGACACUCACACGGCUGAAUAUUAAUCUGCAUGUGCACGUGACACCGUAUCAGGUGUUGGAUGAUCGUAGACCGUGGAUAAGGCGCGAUGAGAAGGCCUUUACGGAUCUGCUGAAGAGGCUGGGAGCAUCCCUGACGCGUAUGUUGCACUUUGACACGGGCGUUACGAACCUCUUUACGCACUUUGAGGUGCUCGAGGUUUUCCGACAGGCCGCGCCCGAAGUGCCAGCACAGCCGGAAGUGGCGCCCACAGAGGGAACGUCGUCCACGAGUACGGCAGCAGCAGCCUCAAGUGGUGGAGCGUCUCAAGAGGCGUCCAAGAGCGCCGAUGGCGAGGACAACUGACAGAGAUCCAAAAUAUCUCGCAUCUCUGUUGCAGAGUGAAUGUUCAAUUUUUAAAUUUUUAUGUGUGAGUGAAUGUUUUUCCCUCCUUUUCCCCCCUUUGUAUGUGUGUGUGUGUUUCCUUUGAAAAAAAAAUGUCUAUAUACCCCUUCUUCCCCUCAAUCCUCUGUAGAUCCCCCCCAAAAAAAAUCCUCCCCAUCAUUCCCAUUUUUUUAUUAUUUGUUUUUUUUUUGUCUCGAAGCCAUUUUUUUUUAAUUUUUGAUUCAUCAUCUGAAUCAAAUUACUGAGAGAAGCAUUUUUUUAAACAUUGAGAGAGACUUUUUAACCUCUAAUCAGUUCUCUAGAUUAGCGCAUUUUUUUUUAUUAAGUUCUAUAUUUUCAAUUUUAUUAUUUUCAUCCCAACUAGUCUCGAAAAAAAAAGAGAUUUGCGCAUGUGGAAUGUUUUAAUUUCCACAAAAUGAUUUUUUUGGCACUGAAAAUUCAUUUUCAAAAAAAAAUUGUAAAUAUAUUUUGUAAAAGAAAAUUGUCUUUUCCUAAAGAAAAAUCCCUAAAAAAUUUGGAAUGUGAGAUUUUAUGCAAGAAACUCUCAAGAUUUUAACUCUAAAAUAAAAUAUAGUUCUUUGUGUUAAACACAUUACCAAAAAAAAAGAAAAACAAACAAAAAGGUUGAGAACGAAAAAUAUCACAGAGACAAAUUGAUAAAAAUAAAAUAAAAUCUAUCAGAAAAA